AUGGCGGAGAGACGGUCGGCGGGUUUAGCUGCGGAGGAUCAGAGACUUCGUGAGAGAGAAACUACUGAGCUUGAGAGAGAUGUGUUGGACAAGGCAGCGAUUGUUGCGGAAGGUGACUAUGAGAAGGAUGGCGGUGGUGCUCCAAAUCCAUGGAAGCUAUGCUCUGUGACGAGGGUGGAGGAGGUGAAAAUGAUGAUAAGACUACUACCAAUAUGGGCGACGACCAUCAUAUUCUGGACAACAUACGCGCAGAUGAUCACCUUUUCAGUUGAGCAAGCAUCGAGCAUGGAAAGAUCGAUUGAGAAUUUUCAAAUUCCAGCAGGCUCGCUUACUGUCUUCUUUGUCGCUUCCAUAAUGAUCACUUUGGCUAUUUAUGAUCGUCUCAUCAUGCCUCCAUGGAAGGCAUUGACUGGGAAACCAGGUUUUACGAAUCUUCAGAGGAUGGCAAUAGGACUCGGCCUGUCAGUUUUUGGAAUGGCAGCCGCCGUCCUCUGUGAGAGAAAGCGGUUGGCUGUGGCAAAAGCCGCGGGCGGCGGCGCCACUUUGCCUAUAAGCGUCUUCUUCUUAAUCCCACAGUUCGUGUUGGUGGGUUCUGGUGAAGCCUUCAUAUACACUGGGCAGCUAGAUUUUUUCAUAACCGGAUCACCAAAAGGAAUGAAAACCAUGAGCACCGGUCUCUUCCUCACAACGUUGUCUCUUGGUUUCUUUGUCAGUAGUUUCUUGGUGUCGGUCGUGAAGAGGGUGACUGGAAGCAAGGAUGGGCAUGGAUGGGUGGCAGACAACAUCAAUAAUGGGAGGCUUGAUUGUUUCUAUGGACUCCUAGCUGUACUUGGCAUCAUAAAUUUUGUAGCAUUUCUUUUUUGUGCGGCAUGGUACAAGGCAUCCAAGCCUAAAUCUUCUUUGCAGAUGGGGAAUAUUGUUUAG